AAUCAAGAUGACUCGCAAGUUCUUCGUCGGAGGAAACUGGAAGAUGAACGGAGACUAUGCCUCCGUCGAUGGUAUCGUCACCUUCCUCAACGCCUCAGCCGACAAUUCCUCCGUUGAUGUCGUCGUUGCUCCACCAGCUCCAUAUCUGGCCUACGCUAAAUCCAAGCUUAAAGCCGGUGUGCUUGUCGCCGCACAAAACUGCUACAAAGUGCCAAAGGGAGCAUUCACCGGGGAAAUUUCGCCGGCAAUGAUCAAGGAUCUUGGAUUGGAAUGGGUGAUCCUCGGACACUCGGAACGUCGUCAUGUCUUUGGAGAAAGCGAUGCUCUGAUCGCUGAGAAGACCGUGCAUGCUCUCGAGGCUGGAAUUAAGGUCGUUUUCUGCAUUGGGGAGAAGCUCGAGGAGCGUGAAGCCGGACACACCAAGGAUGUAAACUUCCGUCAACUUCAAGCCAUCGUCGACAAGGGUGUCAGCUGGGAGAACAUUGUGAUCGCCUACGAACCAGUUUGGGCCAUCGGAACCGGAAAGACUGCUUCUGGAGAACAAGCCCAGGAGGUUCAUGAAUGGAUCCGUGCAUUCCUCAAAGAGAAGGUCUCACCAGCUGUCGCCGAUGCCACGAGAAUCAUUUAUGGAGGAUCUGUGACUGCUGACAAUGCGGCUGAGCUUGGAAAGAAGCCGGAUAUCGAUGGAUUCUUGGUCGGUGGAGCAUCGUUGAAACCCGAUUUUGUCAAGAUUAUCAACGCCAGAUCUUAAAUUAUUAUUUAUUUCCCCCUAUUUCACAGAUUUUUCCGGAUUUCCACUGAUUUUUCACCGAUUCCCCUAAAUUUUGGUCGUAAAAUUGGUUGAUUUUCAUUGAUUCCCCUAAUUUUUAGCCGUAAAAUUAGCUGAUUUUUCCCGGAAUUUCAGCUUCAAAAUUGUAGAAUUUCCCUUAGUUUUCCCCAAUUUUCCCCCAGAUUUCCUCUAAAUUAUAUUGUAAAAUUAGCUGAUUUUCAUCAAUUUUCCCGGAAUUUUGACCGAAAAAAAUCCAAAAUUUGGGUGAAUUCGUGAAUUUUUUGGCUUGAAAUUUGGCUUUUUCCUCUCUACAGUGUAGAUAUUAGUAGCAGCUUUUUUUUCCAGUAUUUUUGAUAUUCAAAACCUAUAUAUAUUUAUAUAAAUAAAUUUCUUGCCGACAA